AUGCUCAAUCUCGAAGAAUUACUUGUAGAAAAAUUGUCCAUUGCUGAUAUUAAUGAUAACCCUUCUAGUAUAUCUGAACGACAAAUCCUCAUUCUUUAUGGUAGCCAAACUGGUUGUGCUCAAGAUGUUGCUGAAAGGAUAUCAAGGCAAGCAAAAAGACGUCGUUUCAAAACUAGGAUUUAUUCAAUGGACGCUUAUGAUCGGGAUAAUUUGAUAAAUGAAAAUUUAGUAAUUUUCGUUUGUUCAACGACUGGACAAGGCGAUGAACCUGAUAAUAUGAGAAAAUUCUGGAAAUAUUUAUUAAGGAAAAACUUGCCAAAUGACAUUUUGAAUCAAAUGAAAUUUUCGGUUUUUGGUCUUGGUGAUUCCUCAUAUUUGAGGUACAAUUGGCCUGCAAAAAAGCUUUAUAAACGUCUCUUACAGUUAGGUGCACAAAGUAUACUCCCACGCGGAGAUGGAGAUGAUCAACAUUAUCUUGGUAUAGAUGGGGGACUUGAUCCAUGGCUAGAAGAAUUAUGGAAGGUUUUAAUGUAUAUGUAUCCAUUACCAUCCAGUCUCGACAUUUUGCCCGAAGAUUUCUUAACCAAAUCCUUUACACCAGCCCCGAGUUUUCGCAUUGAAUUUAUUGAUCGUAAACUUGACCUGGAUGAUGAGAACUUGAGCCGUCAUGAUAUGUAUUCAUAUUUAACUAAAAACGAACGUGUUACUUCACAUGAACAUUUUCAAGAUGUUCGUCAUAUGGAAUUUAAUAUCAAUGAUUCUGAUUUUAAAUAUGAUCCUGGUGAUGUCUUAGUUGUUCGCCCAAAAAAUUUGUCUGAGGAAGUGGAUGAAUUUAUUAAAAUGAUGGAUUGGGAAGAAAUUGCAGAUAAUGCGUUUGUUCUUGUUCCUAACGAUGAUGAAGACCGAAAAGUACCUUCACACUGGGAUUCAAUACUUACCCUAAGAAAAUUGUUUGAAAAUUAUUUGGAUAUUUUUAGUACACCUCGUCGUUCAUUCUUCGAAUUCUUAUCGUUUUUUACUACCGAUGAGAAUCAUACUGAAAAAUUAAGGGAAUUUUGUUCUGCAGAAGGCCAAGAUGAUUUAUACGCGUAUAAUCAACGUGUUAGACGCACGAUAGUAGAAGUUUUUCAAGAUUUUCCAUCAGCUAAAAUUCAAUUAGAAUAUAUACCUGAUAUGUUUCCCGAAUUACAACCAAGGCAAUUUUCAAUAUCAUCAUCUUCAAAAGUUCAUCCAGGUCAAAUCCAUUUAACUGUAGCAAUAGUUCAAUACAAAACUAGAUUACAAAAACCUCGUAGAGGGGUAUGUACUAAUUGGAUGUCUAGUUUAAAACCAGGGGAAUGUGAAAUCCCUGUUAUAAUUACGAAAGGAACUAUGCGGCUACCUACUUCGAUAUCCAUUCCUGUUAUUUUUAUCGGACCAGGAACUGGAGUUUCUGUUAUGCGAGCUUUCUUAGAAGAUCGGAUAUAUGAAGGCGCAACGGGUAUAUAUAUUUCUAAAAUUUGGAAUCGUGAUAAAGAUUUUUAUUAUCAAGAACAAUGGGAUCGUUAUGUUAAUGAAGGAAAAUUAAAAUUAUUUGUAGCCUUUUCUCGAGAUCAAGAUAACAAACGGUAUGUUCAACAUGUUUUGAAAGGAAAUGCAAAGUUAGUUUAUGAUAUUCUAUAUAAUCGAGAAGGGAGAGCUGAUAAAAUGCCUAAUGAUGUUAUAGAGGCAUUUAAAUCUAUAUUAAUAUCUGAAGGUGAAAUGACUAAUGAGCAGGCUGAAAAAUAUAUGCUUAUGAUUGAAAAGACUAAAAGAUAUCAACAAGAAGUUUGGUGA